UUUUUGUCUUCCAGUGGAUGAUGGUCUUUCUGGCGCGCGUUGUGCUAGCAACCCGACAAUCGGUCGCGAUUUUCUCUCCGACGGAUGAUGAUGAAAGUGUGACCGAAAGGAAGGGGAGAGGCGUUCCGCUCCACACUGCUUGCUGUUGCAGGAUAUCGCUCCCUGUCUCGUCGUUUGCGCUUGGAUCUUUGUUCUGUGGACAGUCAAAGUUUUCGUCUCAAUUGACCACACUCUGUUCCAGUCACUUUGUUCUGUCGUCCUGCUGCUUUCUUCCUUUCGUUGAAGGCUUUUCGCCUGUUGUUUGCAGUCACCCGCCAAUCGUGGUUCUGGAUUGUUGUUUGUGGUUUGCGUUCGCUGAUCGACAGCGGGAGUAUCCCACCAGAACGGGGGAAAAAAAUGUUUCAACGACUUCCGAAACCCCUCUGAUCCUCUGAUGGCGUCUGGCGUAUGGGGAGACUGAUCCUCAAGGGCUGAGCUCGGGACCUAUCUUCGACGGAAGCGUAGCUCUUCUCAAUUGCGUUGCUGAGGUGUGUCCCUGUGUCUGGAAUGUGUCUUGUACUGACAGUGAAUCACCACUGCAGCAGUUCCUGACGUCCCGCGUGGUGUUUCAACGUCUGGCCGGCUUUUUAGCACCUCGGAAUGUGUGUAAAUCAGUCGUCUUCUGUUCUCGUCGACCCUUCUGACGCUUUCUGUCGUUAUCUGUCUUAAGCACCCACACUAUUGUGCAAAAGGUCCGGCAAUGCCGUUGAUGCCGCUGGCCGAGUCGUGAAAGUGAGCGACAGGCGACGAUAACGGCUCAGGCACUAUGAGUCCGAAGGGGCGGCGGGCUUCACACACAAGUGCCGGAAGUGUCGUCUGCGUAACUGCAAAGGCUGAUGCUGACUGGCUGGGUCCCUCGUUGUCCUGUAGCACAGCUGUCUGUCGGUCUUGGUGGGUCACCACUUCGAUUGGAAGGCGGUGCGGCGGGACAAAACGAGUGACUGUGGUCCUUUUUCUCCCGAUUGUGUGGGAAGUUGCUGAUGAGGCGGGAUCUCACGAUGCUGACAGUGAGAGUUCACGUGGAGGCAAAAACAGAUCAGAAAUCGGAUC